GGGACGCUCCUCAAACAACAACAGCAAGUCUCACACACCUCUGUAGCUUUCUAGCAAACAUAGCUACAACAUUCAAUCUCUUUACACGGUUUUGGUUUUUAUUAUUCGCUGUGUAUUAAACACAUUUCUGUCGUAUGUACUUGUUGGCCCAUUCAAUUAUAUAUUUACGUUGUUUGUCAGCUAGCUGGUUUGCUAAGUUAGCUUAGAACUAAGCUAGUCGCUAAUGCUAGCUAGCUAACAUCUCCGAUCAUGAGUUCACUAAGCUACUCUCCUCCUGCUAAAGAAGAUGUCUGCUGGACGGAGAAAGAAGCUCUCGUGAAAGAGGAGGAGGAAGAGGAGGAUGUUACAAUACAAAAACAAGUAGAGGGUGAGGCUGUUAGAGUGAAAGAAGAAGAUAAAGACGUUACAGUGAAAGAAGAGGAAGACGCGUUCAGAGUGAAAGAGGAGGAGGAUGUUACACUAAAAGAAGAGGAGAAAGAGGAGGAUGCAGUUUUUGGAGUGGAAGGGGAGAUGACUGUCACAUUGAAAGAGGAGGAAGAAGAGGAGGUUGGAGAUCUGUUUAACACCAGAGAGAGACGGGACUACCGUGGGUCCUCUGGGGAGCCUCAACAACCUCAGGAUGCUGACGAGGCAGAGAAGAGUCUCUCCGGAUCAGAACAUCUCAAGAAACACCUGCAGAGAUCCACAGGGAAGAGAACUCACUGCUGCUCUGACUGUGGGAAGAGAUUCACCUCCUCAUCAGGCAUUAAAAUUAAUCAGAUAAUCCGCACAGGAGAGAAAUCUUACGGCUGUGAUCAAUGUGGGAAGAGUUUUGUUAAAUAUAGACAUCUGAAGAUACACCAGAGAACACACACAGGAGAGACGCCGUAUAGCUGUGAUCAAUGUGGGAAGAGUUUUACUCAGCUAAGCAGCCUGAUAUCACACCAGAGAGCACACACAGGCGAGAAAUCUUAUAGCUGUACUCAUUGUGGGAAGAGUUUUACUCAGCUCAGCAUCCUGAUAUCACACCAGAGAACUGUCGUGACGUUGUAUUAGUUAAUGUGACGACUGUUGCUCAUUGAAUGAUUAAAUGUUUCUAAUUA